AUGGAGUCUCCUGUCUCUUACGACUUUGUAGAGCUACUGGACGGAAGUCGGUUGAUCUCCAAAGACAAACGCGCUCUCAGCGACGCAGACCUGGCUCAUGGCUUCACGGUAUCCCACGAAGACGAGGCGGUCCCCGGGAGCAGGCACGCUCGCUCCAUCAACGUCCACGAGGCGGGUUUCAUCCACUACCUGGACACGGGCAUCUGGCACCUGGCCUUCUACAACGACGGACGCAACACGGAGCAAGUCUCCUACAACACCAUCGUCAUCGAGUCGAUUAUGGAGUGUCCUCAGAAUUGUCAUGGAAACGGAGACUGUCUCUCGGGAAUAUGCCACUGUUUUCCCGGCUUUCUGGGGCCCGAUUGUUCUCGAGCGGCCUGUCCGGUGCUGUGCAGUGGGAACGGCCAGUACUCUAGGGGGCGCUGUCAGUGCUACAGCGGCUGGAAGGGGACCGAGUGCGACGUCCCAGCGAACCAGUGCAUAGACAUCCACUGCGGGGGCCACGGCAUCUGCAUCAUCGGGGCCUGCAUCUGCAACACCGGCUACAAGGGAGAGAACUGCGAGGAGGUGGACUGUAUCGACCCGAGCUGCUCGGCCCACGGCGUCUGCAUUCACGGCGAGUGCCACUGCCAGCCGGGAUGGGGAGGAGCCAGCUGCGAGAUCGCCAAAGCCAUGUGUCCCGACCAGUGCUCCGGACACGGCACCCACAACGCAGAGACCAACUCCUGCACCUGCGACCAGAACUGGACCGGACCGGACUGCUCACUGGAGGUGUGCGAGGUGGACUGUGGUUCUCACGGAGUCUGUUACGGCGGAGUGUGCCGCUGUGAGGAAGGAUGGACGGGAAGCCUGUGUGACCAAAAAGCCUGCCACCCGAUGUGCACCAAGAACGGGGUGUGCAAGGAGGGCAAGUGUGAGUGCGACCAGGGCUGGACCGGCGAGCACUGCAACAUCGCUCACAAUCCGGACAUUCGAGUUAAAGAGGGAUGUCCGGGCCUGUGCAACAACAACGGACGCUGCACCCUGGAGGCCAGCGGGUGGCACUGCAUCUGUCAGUCCGGGUGGCGAGGGGCCGGGUGUCACGUCGCCAUGGAGACGCUCUGCACUGACGGCAAGGACAACGAAGGCGAUGGCCUGGUGGACUGCAUGGACCCAGACUGUUGCUUGCAGCCGUCGUGUCAGAGUCAGCAGUUCUGUAAAGGUUCUCCGGACCCCGCAGACGUGCUCAGCCAGUCCCCCGCCGCCCUCACCCCGCAGCAGGCUGCCAGAUCUUUCUACCAGAGGAUCCACUUCCUGGUUGGUCCAGAGUCCACUCACAUCAUCACCGGAGAAAACCCUUUCAACAGAAGUUUGGUGUCUAUAAUCCGAGGCCAGGUGCUGACGGCUGACGGGACGCCCCUCAUCGGAGUCAAUGUGACCUUCGUUCACUAUCCGGAACACGGCUACACGGUCACGCGCAAGGAUGGCAUGUUUGACCUCUUGGCCAAUGGCGGAGCUUCGUUGACGCUGAGUUUUGAGCGAUCUCCCUUCCUAACGCAGUACAGGACGGUGUGGGUGCCUUGGAAUGUGUUCUACGUGAUGGACACACUGGUCAUGAAGAAGGAAGAGAACGACAUCCCCAGCUGUGAUCUGAGUGGUUUUGUCCGACCAAACCCAGUCAUUGUGGCUUCUCCUUUAUCGACGUUCUACCGGAGCUCGCCAGAAGAUGGACCAAUCGUUCCAGAGACACAGGUGCUGCAGGAGGAGACGUCGAUCCCGGGGAGUGACUUGAACCUGGUUUAUCUGAGCUCCAGAGCGGCGGGAUACAAACCCAUCCUCAAAGUGACCAUGACCCAGACGUCCAUCCCCUUCAACCUCAUGAAGGUACAUCUGAUGGUGGCGGUGGUGGGGAGGCUCUUCCAGAAGUGGUUUCCCGCUCAGCCGAACCUGUCGUACACUUUCAUAUGGGACAAGACGGACGCCUACGGCCAGAGGGUCUACGGUCUGUCGGAGGCUGUGGUCUCGGUGGGGUUCGAGUACGAGUCGUGCCUGGACCUUAUCCUGUGGGAGAAGAGGACGUCCUUCCUUCAGGGGUACGAGCUGGACGCCUCCAACAUGGGCGGCUGGACCCUGGACAAACAGCACAUCCUGGACGUGCAAAACGGAAUCUUGUACAAGGGCAACGGCGAGAAUGUGUUCGUGUCCCAGCAGCCACCUGUCAUCAGCAGCAUCAUGGGUAACGGCCGUCGACGGAGCAUCUCGUGUCCCAGCUGUAACGGUCAGGCCGAGGGGAACAAGCUGCUGGCCCCUCUGGCUCUGGCCUGUGGAGCUGACGGCAGUGUGUUCGUGGGAGACUUCAACUACAUCCGCCGCAUCUUCCCCUCGGGCAACGUCACCAGCGUCAUGGAGCUCAGCAACAACCCCGCCCAUCGAUACUACUUGGCCACAGACCCGGUGACUGGUCAGCUCUACGUGUCCGACACCAACUCCAGGAGAAUCUACCGUCCCAAGAUGCUCAGCGGUGCUCGAGACCUCAUCAGUAAUGGCGAGGUAGUGGCUGGGACCGGGGAGCAGUGUCCUCCGUUUGACGAAGCUCGAUGUGGAGAUGGAAGAAAGGCCACAGAGGCACAGCUCCUGGGGCCCAAAGGGAUUGCGGUGGAUAAGAACGGACUCAUUUACUUUGUGGACGGAACGAUGAUCCGGAAAGUGGACAGAAACGGCGUCAUCUCGACGGUAUUGGGCAGCAACGACCUGACCUCAGCCAGACCCCUGACCUGCGACACCAGCAUGCACAUACGACAGGUCCGUCUGGAGUGGCCCACAGACCUGGCCAUCAACCCCAUGGACAACUCUAUCUUUGUCCUGGAUAACAAUGUGGUGCUGCAGAUCACUGAGAACAGACAGGUCCGCAUCGUGGCGGGGCGGCCCAUGCACUGCCAGGUCCCGGGGAUCGAGUACACUCUGGGGAAGAGGGCGGUGCAGACCAUGCUGGAGGGAGCCACGGCCAUCGCUCUGUCCUACAGCGGAGUCCUGUACAUCGCAGAGACCGACGAGAAGAAGAUCCACCGCAUCAGACAGGUCUCAACGGAUGGAGAAAUCACACAUCUGGCUGGAGCCCUGUCUGAAUGCGACUGCAAGAACGACGCUAACUGUGACUGCUACCAGACCGGCGAUGGCUACGCUAAAGACGCCCGUCUGAACUGCCCCUCCUCCCUCGUGGUGUCUCCAGACGGGACGCUGUUUGUGGCCGAUCUGGGGAACAUCCGGAUCCGGGCCAUCAGACGCAACCAGCCCCCUACAGGCUCGCUGGCGUCUGGGCCCAGCUCUUACGAGGUGGCGUCUCCGGCCUCUCAGGAGCUCUACGUGUUCGACCUGAACGGGACGCACCAGUUCACCAUGUCGCUGGUCACCGGAGACUACAAGUACAACUUCAGCUACAGUAACGAGGAGGAUGUGACGGCGGUGACGGACAGCAGCGGGAACACUCUCCGGAUUCGCCGCGACACCAACCGGAUGCCCGUUCGUGUGGUUGCCCCCGACAACCAGGUCAUAUGGCUCACCAUCGGCACAAACGGAGGGCUCAAGUCGCUCACCACGCAGGGCCAAGAGCUGGUGCUGUUCAGUUACCACGGCAACAGCGGACUCCUGGCCACCAAGAGCAUCCAGAUCGGCUGGACCACGUUCUACGAUUAUGACAGCGAGGGCCGCCUCACCAACGUCACCUUCCCCACCGGAGUGGUCACUAAUCUCCAUGGAGACAUGUCUUCGGGGGCCGUUGCCGUGGACAUCGAGACGUCGGGGAGGGACGAGGACGUGUCCAUCACCACAAACCUGUCCUCCAUAGACUCCUUCUACACUCUGGUGCAAGACCAGCUACGGAACAGUUACCAUGUGGGGAACGACCAUUCGCUGCGGGUCAUCUACGCCAACGGCAUGGACAGCCACUUCCAGACCGAGCCUCAUAUUCUCGCAGGUGCAGCCAAUCCCACCGUCGCUCGCCGGAACAUGACUCUUCCGGGAGAGAACGGACAGAAUCUGGUCGAGUGGAGGUUUCGCAAGGAGCAGAACCGAGGAAAGGUGGUCGUGUACGGACGCAAGCUCAGGGUGAACGGCAGAAACCUGUUGUCUGUGGAUUACGACCGCUCGCUGAGGACGGAGAAGAUCUACGACGACCACCGGAAGUUUCUCCUCAAGAUCAUCUACGACACACAGGGCCACCCCACACUCUGGGCCCCCAGCAGCAAGCUCCUCCCCGUCAACCUCACCUACUCCAGCACGGGUCAGGUGACCGGGCUGCAGAGGGGCCCCACCACCGAGAAAUGGGAGUACGACAACCAGGGACGCAUCAUCUCUCGAGUGUUCGCCGACGGAAAGAUCUGGAGCUACACUUACCUCGACAAAUCCAUGGUCCUGCUCCUGCACAGCCAGCACCAGUACAUAUUCGACUACGACUCGGGUGACCGUCUGUCCGCGGUGACCAUGCCCAGUGUGGCGCGGCACACCAUGCAGACCAUUCGCUCCAUCGGCUACUACCGGAACAUCUACACCCCCCCAGAGAGCAACGCCUCCGUCACCGUGGACUACUCUGAGGACGGACAGCUCCUGAGAGUGGCUCACUUGGGCACCGGACGCCGGAUCCUUUACAAGUACCGCAGACAGAACAAACUCGCCGAGAUCCUGUACGACUCCACUCGCGUCAGCUUCACGUACGACGAAACGGCCGGAGUCCUGAAGACCGUGAACCUGCAGAGCGAGGGCUUCAUCUGCUCCAUCCGGUACCGGCAGAUCGGGCCCCUGGUGGACCGGCAGAUCUUCCGCUUCAGCGAGGACGGCAUGGUCAACGCCCGCUUCGACUACACCUACGACAACAGCUUCCGCGUGACCAGCAUGCAGGCCGUCAUCAACGAGACUCCGCUGCCCAUCGACCUCUACCAGUUCGACGACAUCUCCGGGAAAGUGGAGCAGUUCGGGAAGUUCGGGGUCAUUUACUACGACAUCAACCAGAUCAUAUCCACCGCCGUCAUGACUUACACCAAGCACUUCGACCAACACGGACGCAUCAAAGAGAUCCAGUACGAGAUCUUCCGCUCGCUCAUGUACUGGAUCACCAUUCAGUACGACAACAUGGGCCGCGUUACCAAACGAGAAAUCAAGAUCGGGCCGUUCGCCAACACCACCAAGUACGGCUACGAGUACGACGUGGACGGACAGCUGCAGACGGUCUUCCUCAACGAGAAGAUGAUGUGGAGGUUUAACUACGACCUGAACGGGAACCUGCACCUGCUGAACCCGACCAACAGCGGGCGCCUCACCCCUCUGCGCUACGACCUCCGAGACCGGAUCACGAGGCUCGGCGACGUCCAGUACCGACUCGACGAGGACGGGUUCCUGCGGCAGAGAGGAGCCGAGAUCUUCGAGUACAACUCCAAAGGUCUGCUGGUGCGCGUCUACAGCAAAGCCGCCGGUUGGACCAUCCAGUACCGGUACGACGGUCUGAGCCGCAGAGUGGCCUCCAGGAACAGUCUGGGUCAGCACCUGCAGUUCUUCUACGCCGACCUCAACUAUCCCACCAGGAUCACCCACGUCUACAACCACUCCAGCUCCGAGAUCACCUCAUUCUACUACGACCUGCAGGGCCACGUGUUUGCGAUGGAGAUCAGCAGUGGGGAGGAGUUCUACAUCGCCUGUGACAACACCGGAACCCCACUUGCGGUUUUUAGCAACAACGGACUUCUGCUGAAACAGGUUCAGUACACGGCUUACGGAGAGGUGUACUUUGACUCCAACACAGACUUUGUUUUGGUGAUUGGUUUUCACGGAGGCCUGUACGACCCUCUCACUCGCCUGCUGCACUUCGGAGACCGCGACUACGACAUACCGGCCGGGAGGUGGACCACUCCGGACAUCAGCACAUGGACCAGAGUCGGGAAAGACCCUCAACCUUUUAACCUCUACAUGUUCAGAGGAAACAACCCCAUCAGCAAAGUGCACCAGGUCAAGGAGUAUGUGACAGACAUCAAUAUCUGGUUGGUCACAUUUGGCUUCCACCUCCACAACGCCAUCCCAGGAUUCCCCAUUCCAAAGUUUGACCUGACGCAGCCCUCACUGGAGAUGAAGAAGAGUCAGCUGUGGGACGACCUGCCUACCAUCUCUGGCGUGCAGCAGGAGGUGACGCGUCAGUCCAAAGCGUUCCUAUCGUUCGAGCGCAUGCCUGAGAUCCAGCUGAGCCGCCGUCACUGCGACCACUCUCGUCCGUGGCUGUGGUUCUCGUCGGCGCGCUCUCUGGUCGGCAAAGGCGUGAUGCUGGCGGUGGUGCAGGGCCGCGUGGUCACCAACGCUCUGAACAUCGCCAACGAGGACUGCAUCAAAGUGGCGGCGGUCCUCAACAACGCCUUCUACCUGGAAGACCUGCACUUCACCGUGGAAGGCCGCGACACGCACUACUUCAUCAAGACCAGUCUCCCGGAGAACGACCUGAGCGCACUGCGCCUCACCUCCGGCCGCAAGGCGCUGGAGAACGGCGUGAACGUGACUGUAUCGCAGUCCACCACCGUCAUGAACGGACGCACGCGCCGCUUUGCAGACGUGGAGCUACAGUACGGCGCGCUGGCUCUGCACGUGCGCUAUGGCACCACGCUGGACGAGGAGAAGGCUCGCAUCCUAGAGCACGCCCGCCAGAGGGCGCUGUCCUCCGCCUGGGCGCGAGAGCAGCAGCGAGUGCGCGACGGCGAGGAGGGCGUGCGGCUGUGGACCGAGGGCGAGAAGCGGCAGCUGCUGAGCAGCGGCAAAGUCCUCGGUUACGACGGAUACUACGUCCUGUCCAUAGAGCAGUAUCCGGAGCUCGCCGACAGCGCCAACAACAUCCAGUUCCUGCGGCAGAGCGAGAUCGGCCGCAGGUAA